AUGUCACAAUUUCUACUUGCGCUAUCAUCACUCCCAUAUAUCCUGCCUCUGCUGGUCGGAAUCGGAUGCGACCGCAUCAACCACAAUGUCAUUGACCUUCUUCCCAGCUCAGAACUGCAUUGCAAAAAGUGGGAUUCCCCACAAAUGACCCCCUUGAAAGUUUCAAAUCGCAAGUACGACGUAUCGCCUACGAUUCCCCAAAUGGAACCGUUCAGGAACGGCUUUCUGAAGUCCAACUGUUCCAGAAAUCCACUCGACAUCGACCCUGAACCGUUUUGCAUCUUCCUUGAUCCAAAUGUCAAUCAGGGUAUGGGUAUAGUCAUUAUCUCGAAAAAGUCGGUGUUUGAAGCGAGUCUCCCAAAGUUGGAUUUCUCAACAGAGCUACCUGUUCCUUCGGCAAUUCAAAUCGUCAAGAUGCCAGAGAAAGGCGGUGCUGGUGCAGUCGCCUCUCAAGAUCUGAAACGCGGGCAGACCUUGGGCACAGUUAGGGCUGUUGGCCUCUUCCCAACUAAUGAGGCCUUUUGGGGGAACGGAUUUGGCAUACGUUUUUCCCGACAAGCGAUCGAACUUUUACCGCUUCGUACGAGGAAUGUGAUCGCCAGCCUUCAUGCAACAGGAAUCGAAAAAACAACGGAAGAGUUUCUUGCAAGCGUUCUCAAGCAUAAUACUUUUGCCACCCAUUUGCACCCAGAGUUACGGUUAUUUUAUAGUGCGCUUGUCUUGGAACCAGCGGUGCGGUUCAAUCACGACUGCCGACCAAACGUCGGUUACUACAUGGAUCAUGUUACUCAGUCCAUGCACAUGACAGCAUUCAGGCCAAUUUCGGCGGGCGAGGAGCUUACCAUUAGUUACCGUGCCUUAGAACUUCCACGGCAAGUGCGACAAGAUUCCCUUAGUGAGACUUAUGGCUUUCAGUGCUCUUGUUCUCUUUGCCAACUGAGCGCAGAGGAAGGGCGGAAGUCGGAUCGAAGGGUUCUACGUGUGUUGCAGCUCCGACGAUUUCACUACACAGGAGACGAAUGGCUCUCAAUAGAAGAAGUUAAAGAGCUCAUCAGCAUUUGUGAAACAGAAAACCUUCCGUACUCUUUGAUCAACGCCCAUCUCAUUGCUGCACAAGUGUACAAUGCACAUGGAAGGAGCCAAGAGGCCAGCUAUUUUGCUGAUAAAGCCAAAAAGGAUGGUUUGAUGUAUAUGGGACCAACAUGGAAAUACUUGGAAGAAGCACAAACACUCAUAGACUCACCUCAAAAACAUGAUUCAUACUUGAACAUAGUAAUUGAGGAUGAGUUUUAG